UGCAUAUUAAUGAGCCGGGAGCGAGGGCAGCGGGAAGCGCUUUAAAGGAGGAGAAGGCAAGGCAGCGGCAGAGCGCAGGCAGCGCCGGGAGCCGCUCCGCCGGGAGCCGCUCCGCCGUCCCCUCCCUGGCGACCCAGCCCCGGGACAGCGGCAUCGGGGGCACGAACCCCAGGCGAACACACACAUCAACCCCCCGGCCUCCCCUUGGGUACCUGCGGUCUCACAAUGAAGCUCCUGACAGCAGCUCUGCUCCUGCUCUUCAUCGCGAUGUGCUUAGCCAGCGCGGAAGGCGUGAAGUGCAAAUGCUCAAGAAAAGGUCCUAAAAUAAGAUUCUCUAAUGUACGGAAGCUGGAAAUAAAACCGAGGUACCCGUUUUGCGUGGAAGAGAUGAUUAUUGUGACCCUGUGGACACGGGUGAGGGGGGAGCAGCAGCACUGCCUCAACCCCAAGCGCCAGAACACCGUGAGGCUGCUCAAGUGGUACCGAGUAUGGAAGGAGAAGGGCAGGGUUUAUGAAGAAUAAGAGGAAGUGGUACAAGGAAUGGAGUGGACUCCCUCGGCUGGCUUAGGACUGAGCUCUACAGAAGAUUAUUUCUCUCUCGCAGACAUAAGACACAAAUUCUAUAUUAUUAUAAAGCACUUUUUACCAAGGGUCAGUUUUUACAUUUUAUAGCCGUGUGCAAAAGGCUUCCAGAUUUCACAGGCAUCUGUUGCACUUCUGAUUUCAUACCCGUCUGCUCCGUACUGAAAUUAGGAAAACACAUGCUUUUCCUUUUAAAGAAGUUCUUUUGGGAGUUUUUUGGUUUUAAUUGUGAUUCAUUCAUACUUCACUAUGAUUGCAAUCGAGCUUUAUAAGCUCACCUGGCAAACAGAACUGUUUGUGAUGUGCUGUACAGCCAUGGCCCUCACCCCUGGCAGUGGCAAAGCUUCGGGCUGCUGCUCGUGUUUGCAGCCUCCACCUCGGCCAGGCAGAGCAGGGACCAAAGACGAGUUUGCUGGGGAGGAUGCCACGAAAAUGCUGUGGCUGCACCUGCAGAAGUGAGGGAAGAUGCCAGGAAAAUGCUGUGGCUGCACCUGCAGA